AUGCAGAGUUGGAAAGACAGAUACUCCGUUAACAAAGGACAGAUACAAUAGAUGUAGAUAACCUCAAGAGCAUAGACAGUAGGAAAAUGUCAAAAAAGGAUUAGGAAGUGAUGAGUUUUGAGUAUUUAUUACCUUUAUUUUUAACAUAAUUUAUUUAAUUAUAAGUUUUUAUAAUUUAAUUUUUAAUGAUGGCUUGCAAAUUUCUGAGAAUUUAACAAUUGGCUCCCACAGACUAGUACAAGCCAGCUCCAGCUCACCAUUGGCUCAUAUGUUUGCCCCUCAUAGGUCGACUUGGGAAACCAAAAAUUACACAGAGUUUAAUGGCAUCUGUGAACAGCACCUGUAAUGUCACACUGACAUGCUCUGUAGAGAAAGAAGAAAAGAAUGUGACGUACAAUUGGAGUCCCCUGGGAGAAGAGGGUAAUGUCCUUCAAAUCUUCCAGACUCCUGAGGACCAAGAGCUGACUUACACGUGUACAGCCCAGAACCCUGUCAGCAACAAUUCUGACUCCAUCUCUGCCCGGCAGCUCUGUGCAGACAUCGCAAUGGGCUUCCGUACUCGCCACACCGGAUUGCUGAGUGUGCUGGCUAUGUUCUUUCUGCUUGUUCUCAUUCUGUCUUCAGUGUUUUUGUUCCGUUUGUUCAAGAGAAGACAAGAUGCUGCCUCAAAGAAAACCAUAUACACAUAUAUCAUGGCUUCAAGGAACACCCAGCCAGCAGAGUCCAGAAUCUAUGAUGAAAUCCUGCAGUCCAAGGUGCUUCCCUCCAAGGAAGAGCCAGUGAACACAGUUUAUUCCGAAGUGCAGUUCGCUGAUAAGAUGGGGAAAGCCAGCACACGGGACAGUAAACCUCCUGGGACUUCAAGCUAUGAAAUUGUGAUCUAGGCUGCCAGGCUGAACUCUCCCUCUGGAAACUGAUUACAACCACCAAUACUAGCAGGUUCCCUGGAUCCAGAUCUUCUCUGCCUAGCUCUUACUGGGAGAUUGCAAAUUGCCACAUCUCAACUUGUAAGCAAAGCAGGAAACCUUCUGCUGGGCAUAGCUUGUGCCUAAAUGGAAAAUGGACGCACACCCUUCCUGAAAUGGCUCCCUUCUGAAUGAAUGACAAAGCAUGUUACCUAGUAUAGUUUUCCCAAACUUCCUUCCAUCAUAGCACAUGUAGAAAAUAAUAUUUUUAUGGCACACUGGGAUAAACAAUCAAGAUUGCUCACUUCCAGAAGCUGCAUAUGACUAGAGGCCUCUUGUGAAUGGAGGUAACAACCCUGCCCAGUAACUGUGGGAGAAGGGAAUCAAUAUUUUGUACACUUGUAGUAGGCCUUGGCACACCAGCCAAGAUGCUCUGCUCAUAGUCAGUAUGUGUGAAGAUCCCCGGUGCGUGGCCUCCGCCAUGCAUCUUGAGCAAAUUAGGAAAAGAUACCCUUCGCUUGAGGCAGAUGCAGCCCUUCCCCCGAGUGCAUGGCUUGGAGAGCAGAAUGUGGGCUGCAUAUAAGCACAGUCAUCCCUUUGUCUGGGAAUAUUUGUGCAGGGCAUGGCAGGCUUAAUACGUCCAAACACAGAUGACAGUGCUGUGUGGGUCUCUGUCAGAGUUGUGGCUCUCAGCCAUGUAGACACACUCUCUAAAUGGAGUAUUGGAAAAUGUUCUUUCUGUACAGUCUAGAGACUGCUGGGACACUUUCCUUGGACUACUACUUCAGAAACCUCAUAGGAUUUUCUUUCUGGCCAAGAUUUCCUUCUGUAUCACUCCAAGCAGCCUCAGCAGAAGCAGCAGCCAUGCCCAGUAUUCCCGCUCUCCAAAAGGAGUUGACCAGCUUAUAUUUCUCACACUUCUGGGGAACUGGGUGUAAUCCAACCAUCAAAAUAGACCUUGCAAGAAACAGAGUCAUUCUCCAGAAGGAACUGGGGAGAUGAUGGUGCAGAUGAUGAAACUGGGUUCAUCCCAGUUCCAAAGGCUCAGAGAACUACGGGGUUUAAGCUGAGGCAGAGUGCCCCCAUCCCGCAUCCCCCACAAACAGACCACCAGCCAGCUUACACAGGCAUUAACUCUCCACAAUGAGGAGGAGUCAUUCACAGCUGAGCAGGACAUUCAUAUGAUCAUUUGAGGAAGUGUUUCCCUUAUGUGUUAGUAACUAUAAUCAGCUAACUCUUAAGUUCCCAUGAACAGUCUUAGGCUGGACAGCAGAAAUGGGCUGCAUUUAAGCAGAUAAAGACAUCAGUCCCAGUAAAUGAAUCCAUAGACUCAUCUAGCACCAACUACCAUUAGCACUAUGUUAGGAGCUGCAAGGCCCCAAAAUAGAAGAUGUGCAUAAUGUCUGCCCUUGUGUAGCUCAGGAGACAAUUCCAGCACAGACACUACAGUUAACACUGAACUGCAGCUGCAAGUAAUGGCAUGAACAGUCAAAAAAGACCUUAUGAGGGGGCAGGGCUGAAGCUGGACCUUGAAGGAUGGAUGAAAUUUGGAUAGAGAAUGAGGAAGACAGAGGGCCUCCAAGUGAGAGAAGCAUGAAAAAUGAGCAGGGGCCUGGAUCAGUGGGGUGUAUUCAGAGCACCUCUCCAGAUGCAUGCUCACAGUCCCUUGCCUAUGUGUGGCAGAGUGCCCCAGCCAGAUGUGUGCCCUCACCCCAUGUCCAUUUCCAUGUCCUUCAACGCCCACCUCAAAUGGUACCUCUUAUGUAAAGCUUUCCCUGGUAUCAGGAGUCAAAAUUAAUCAGGGACCUUUUCACACUGCUGUUUCUUCCCCUUUGGUCCUUCUGUCACUAAAACUCAUCUCAUUCUGCCUUACUGCAUAACUAAUUAUUUGUUUUCCUCACUACAUUGUACAUGUGGGAAUUACAGAUAGACAGGAGCCAGCUGGGGGUGGUGGCUCACGCCUGUAAUCUUAACACUUUGGGAGGCCAAGGCAGGCUGAUCACCUGAGGUCAGAAGUUCAAGAUUAGUCUGCCCAACAUGGUGAAACUCCAUCUCUACUAAAAAUACAAAAUUAGCCAGGUAUGGUGGCACACAUCUGUAGUCCCAGCUACUCUGGAGGCUGAGACGGAGAAUCGCUUGAACCCAGGAAGUGGAGGUUGCAGUGAGCUGAGAUCACACCACCGCACUCCAGCCUGGGACAGACAGAGUGAGAUUCCAUCUCGGGAAAAAAAAAAAAAAGAUAGAAGCCAAUAAACACGAUGCAGUCAAAUUCUG